AUGGUGGAUGACCUGUUUUAUGAGGGCAACACUGAUCACAGCAUCAGCUCUGAGGACGAAGACACACUUGUCAGGAGUUGUAGUAAUCUCAGCGUAAGCUUUGGAUAUCAUUGCAAUUCUUAUCAGAGUUUCCCUCUUGAAAAUGAUGAGCAUGACACCUCUCCCCAGAUGAGGUUUGAAACUAAUGCCAUGACGAAGUCACGAAAUGGCUCAUUUACUUGUUUAUCUGGUGCCGCAAUUAGUGCAAAUUUCACAUUGGCCAAUACAAAUAUAUGCAAGGGUCUUAUUGGGGAAGAGAUUUUGCCAGAACUAGAUUCUCCAAAUUCUUUCAGAAAAAUCGUCUCUUCUCCAUCUAUGUCAAGGUUAGACUUGCUAUCCACCUCACAAGGCAGCCCUGCAUCAACUGAGAGCUCCAUAUUUGAAAUCAGUAAAAAUCUUUGGAGGUCCAGCGCUCCAACAACUGUAUCAUCCAAUUUUCUGACUGGUACCGAGGUAAAGAUGGCUGGUGGAGCUGCUGGAGAGGAUAGAGUCCAAGCUGUGUGCUCUGAGAAAAAUGGAUGGUUGAUUUGUGGAAUUUAUGAUGGAUUUAAUGGACGAGAUGCAGCUGAUUUUCUGGCAGUAACUCUAUAUGAUAACAUAGUAUAUUACCUAUACUUGUUAGAGUGCCGUAUCAAGCAACAAGAUGGCCUAUGUAGCUCAUCAGGGGACUCCCCUAAUGGUGUUAAAAGUGAGUUAACAUUAGCCAUGGAAAUUGCAGAGAAUGAAGAUGUAAAACUUUCUGAAAGUUUUCGAGCUGGUGUGCUGAAUUGCCUCACUUCUGCUGUUGAGCAAGCUGAGAAUGAUUUCUUAUGCAUGGUUGAACAGGAUAUGGAUGAUAGACCAGAUUUAGUUUCAGUUGGAUCUUGUGUCCUGGUUGUGCUUCUUCAGGGAACAGAUUUGUGCAUUCUAAAUCUUGGGGAUAGUAGAGCUGUGCUUGCUUCCAUGCCAUAUUCAGAAAUGGAUACAGUGAAAGCUACUCAAUUGACAGAGAUCCACUCACUUGAAAAUCCAUUGGAAUACCAAAAACUAUUAGCUGACCAUCCUAAUGACUCUAAAGUUGUGAUGGGUAACAAAGUAAAAGGGAAGCUGAAGGUUACUCGUGCUUUUGGAGUUGGCUACCUUAAACAGAAAAAGUUCAAUGAUGCACUCAUGGGAAUUCUCCGAGUUCGUAAUUUGUGCAGCCCGCCUUACGUAUAUACAAAUCCACACACACUGAGUCACAAGGUUAUGGAAGACGAUCUGUUUGUUGUGCUUGGCAGUGAUGGCUUAUUUGAUUUCUUCAGUAACGAUGAAGUUGUUCAGUUGGUUUAUCAAUUUAUGCAUGAUAAUCCAACUGGCGAUCCUGCAAAAUAUCUCAUCGAGCAAGUUGUACAUAAAGCUGCCAAAGAAGCAGCUUUAACAGCUGAACAGCUUAUGAGGAUACCUGUUGGGAGCAGGAGAAAGUACCAUGACGACGUGACUGUCAUUGUUAUCAUCCUUGGGAACGCACGAAGGACGGUGAGCGCAUCAACUUAUAAAAUGGAAACCGGGAGAGGGUCUAUGAAAAAGACCAGUCCGGUGUGUUGGGUCCUGCUGAGUUUGCGGGAUACAUUUGGUUAG